AUGGGGAGAUUACCAGCUUGCUGUGAAAAAAAUGGGGUGAAAAAAGGUCCAUGGACUCCUGAGGAAGAUAUUAUCUUAGUUUCAUACAUUCAAGAACAUGGCCCUGGGAACUGGAGAGCUGUCCCUUCUAACACAGGCUUGCUUAGAUGCAGCAAGAGUUGCCGGCUCCGGUGGACGAAUUACCUCCGGCCGGGGAUCAAACUCGGGAAUUUCACUGAACAAGAGGAGAAGAUGAUUAUCCACCUCCAAGCACUUCUUGGCAAUAGGUGGGCCGCCAUAGCAUCAUACCUCCCUCAAAGAACAGACAAUGAUAUCAAAAACUACUGGAACACACACUUGAAGAAGAAGAUGGCAAAAGCCCAUUAUAAAAUUAAUGAGGAAAAUGGAAAUUCAUCAGACAUCACUAAUUCUCGGCCACCCUCAAAGGGCCAAUGGGAAAGAAGGCUUCAAACAGAUAUCCAAACAGCCAAACAGGCCUUGCGCGAGGCCCUUUCACUAGAUAAACCAUCAGGCCCAAAUCCCAAGCCCACUGCCCCACAAAUUGCCAGCCCAAUAUACGCAUCUAGCGCCGAAAACAUCGCUCUUUUGCUCGAUAAUUGGACGAAAAAGUCCUCGGAUAAAGUUUCUCGUCUGGGCUCGGCCGAUAGUAACCCUUCAUCGACGGGCCCGAAGUCUAGCCCAAGUGAGGGGCAAAUGAGUAAUUUCACUUUUGCGGGGCUCAACGCUUUGACUUCGGAGAUUGACCAAGAUGUAGUUGCAAGUUUGACUAGUGCACAUGAAAAUGGGCUUGUCGAAGAUCAUGAGGGGAAAAUAACUGAAAUGCCCCUUUGCCUGCUGGAAAAAUGGCUGUUUGAUGAGGCGGCUGCACAAGGGCAGGAUGGGAAUUUCAUGGAGACAGGCCUUGGGACGAACUGCUGA